GGCGUUAUCCACUCUUUCUUGAGUUGCAACCAAUACAAUUUGCAGUAAGCCUGUGAUAGCCGAACCCCAGCAUCCCCCCGCCAUUUCAAACAUCUAUCAAUUUUGAUUCAUAUCUUUCACGCUUUCACUCCAGGAUGGCGUCAAUUGCCAAAAACGAACUAAGAACAAUUCAAUUCACUUCAAUUCAAUUCACUAGCAAACUCAUGAUAUUCUCUCGACCUCCCUCCCUCCAAUCAUAAUGUUUGCAAUCCUCCAAAAUGGAUCCUGCAAGCCAAGAGCCAUCACACACUUUGAAUGAAGCUCAGGAUCAUGCUAGACCCUUGAAUCUUCAGAUGUUAAAAGCUCAAUAGCUAAAACUUAGUUGUCUUGACGUCUAAGCAUUCGCACUAAUAUAAUAAUUGACGACUGCAUCGACCGUCCUUCCUCUAAUUCUUCGGCCUUUCGAGGUUUGGUUUCGUUCAUCGACACUGUUCCUGGAUAACGACCAUAUCAUUUUCGGACCGCCAUCAUGGCGACUCUCACUUCGUCGAUUGCGACUGCCGUCACAGCAGCCAGUAGUUCUGCCAGCGCCACUUCUACACAUCGCGCCGCCCCGCAGGGUGGGAUUCUAGAGGGAGGCAAUCCUACUGUCUACAGUGCUUCAAAUCCCAUUGUUCUGUUCAUCAUUCAGGCCGGCAUCAUCAUUAUCUUCUGUCGCCUUCUUCAUUACCCUUUGUCUAAACUUCGACAGCCUCGAGUCAUUGCAGAAGUAAUAGGUGGAAUCAUUUUGGGUCCUUCAGUCAUGAUGCGCAUCCCUGGGUUUCAGGAAACUAUCUUCCCCGUUGCCUCGAUGCCAGUUUUGAAUAUGGCCGCCAAUCUCGGAUUGAUACUUUUUCUUUUCCUUGUUGGUCUAGAAGUUAAUAUGCGACUGUUCCUUGGCAACUGGAGAGUAGCCCUGAGUGUAGGAUUGGCCGGAAUGAUAUUGCCUUUCGGCUUGGGUUGCGCUGUUGCUUAUGGUCUGUAUAACGAAUUUCGAAAUGAUCCGGGGACUGUGCAUAUCUCAUUCCCGGUCUAUAUGCUAUUUGUCGGCACAGCUCUUGCGAUCACAGCUUUCCCUGUCCUAUGCAGAAUCCUUACGGAGUUGAACCUCCUCUCUACACCUGUAGGAGUUACAGUUCUCGCUGCUGGAGUUGGUAAUGAUGUGACAGGGUGGAUUCUUUUGGCCCUCUGUGUUGCAUUAGUCAAUAACGGAUCGGGACUCGCAGCUUUAUGGGUAUUGCUCGUUUGUGUUGGCUGGUGUCUUUUCUUAGUGUAUGCUGUUCGUCCUGUGUUCAGGUAUAUCCUUCGCCGCAACGGAAGUCUCGAAAAUGGCCCCUCUCAGGGAAUGGUUGCUCUCACAAUACUAAUCGUUCUGACAUCGUCUUGGUUUACUGCCAUCAUUGGAGUUCACGCUAUUUUUGGAGCUUUCCUCGCUGGACUCAUUUGUCCCCAUGAAGGUGGUUUUGCUAUUCAUCUCACAGAAAAGAUCGAGGAUCUAGUCGCAGUGCUGCUUCUACCACUUUAUUUCGCCUUGUCGGGAUUGAGCACCAAUCUUGGUCUUCUAAACGAUGGAAUUACAUGGGCUUAUGUUAUCGCAAUCAUUGUUGUUGCAUUCUCAGGCAAAAUAAUUGGAGGUACGCUUGCGGCCAAGGCUUGUAGGCUUGUUUGGCGUGAAAGUCUCAGUAUUGGAGUUUUGAUGAGUUGUAAAGGUCUCGUUGAAUUAAUUGUCCUUAAUAUUGGUUUGCAAGCCAAAAUUUUGUCAACAAGGACUUUCACCAUAUUUGUUGUGAUGGCACUUGUCACUACCGUUGCCACAACGCCGUUAACAACCGCACUAUAUCCACCUUGGUACCAAAAGAAACUUGAGGCCUGGAAGAAAGGAGAAAUCGAUUGGGAAGGUAACAGACUUCAUCCUGAGGGUGACGACUAUACCCCGGACCGUUCAUUGGAAAAGCUAGAAUCCACUCAAGUCCGACGACUUCUUGUCUACCUCAGACUUGAUAGUCUUCCUAGCUUGUUCACUUUCAUUGCACUUUUGGGCGGAGAUAAUACGAGUACGGUUACGAAAGUUCACAGAACAAAGGCCGAAUUGGAAACCGUGGAUGAGGAUGGUACUCCUUCAUCAUUGACUCCCAAGAAACUUCCACUUGAGGUUCAUGGCGUUCGCUUGCUGGAACUCACUGACCGUACAUCUUCAGUCAUGGCCGAAGUGGAUGAAUACACACACCGUGAUCCAGUCGUUAAUGCUUUCCGCACUUUUGCUCAAUUAAAUAACGUCGCCGUCUCAGGUGGGGUUUCUGUCGUUCCUGAGUCGGAUUAUGCCGAGGCUUUGGCCACACAAGCAGCAGACAACUUUUCAGAUCUAGUUCUCAUCCCUUGGACCGAACCUAGUAUUCUACCAGUCAACGAAAUCCAUCAUGAUUCAUUCUCAAGCGGUCUCCAAGAUAUUUUCAUCCAGAAGACGCUUGAUAUUGCUAAUUGCAAUAUUGCUAUUUUCAUCAAUCGCGGCUUUGGCGGACCAACCCUGAGGGAGCCUCGCAAUCUCUCAUCAAGUGCUAGUCGACUCAGUCUUCGCAGUAGUCAACGUGCGGAUAUAGUUGCUCCUAUCGCAGAUCGCAGUCACCAUGUUUAUUUCCCUUUUUUCGGUGGCGCUGAUGAUCGUGUUGCUCUUCGUUUUGUUCUUCAACUUGCACAAAACAGCAACAUCACCGCAACCAUCAUUCAUUUUAUCACUCCCAUUCAUAAUCCCAAGACUCAUGAAGUGAAGCAUAGCUCUCGUCCAGCCACUGCUACCGGUUCUCAACAUGGUGGUAGUUCUGGUUCGGCGUUGCGUAUCACGGAGCGUGUUGAUACUGAGGACCUUUACAAUGCAGCUGCGUCCGACACCGCUCUUCUACACACAUUACGAGACUCCCUACCUCAAGCAUUAAUGAAUAGAGUAGUUUUUGUCGAUGUUAAGACUACAACUCCAUUGACCGAUUGUUUGCAUCACGCAAAGGUGGAAUUGGGUCAAAGUCCUCGAAAUGCAGGAGAUUUGAUCGUUGCAGGCAGAGGUAAAAGCUCACUUUCUAUGGCGUUAAUCAAUGAGGAAAGUGCCAGUGGGGAGAGUGGGAAGGAGAUGAGGAAGACCGUAGGAGUGACAGCGGAGACACUGAUUAGCAGUGGAGUAAGAGGAAGUGUUUUGGUCAUUCAAGCCGGAGGGCGAAGUCUGGAAAGUUGAAGAGUUCAUUGUGAGAGCCACAUACUUUGGAUAAUAUUCAAGUGGAGCUCAUGCUACUUCGAUGGGCCAGAUAUACAGUGGUGCUUUAGGUGUAUGUGGGAUUUCAGUACAGCAUAGGACUUGGUGUUUUUUGGGAUACGAUACCUUAUGAUACGAUAUGAUACGAUAUACGUGGUGAAUUUUCAUGUCUUACAUGCUGGAUAUACAUGUGGUGGUUUAUCAUAUUGACAAACCAGGAAGUCACAUAGGCGUUUUUUUUAAUAUCCAAAUUUGGAUCAAUGCGUCUGGUCCGGUUUAACAUUACCUUCAAUUUCUGAAUACGAUUUUUUGACUAACAAUUGACCCAUCUGAUACCA